ACAAGCACACCCCAAGAUCCAUGCCCCCAAAUUGAAGCUGGUCAAAAUUAUAUCCAUCUUAAAACCACUCCUGCACCGUCAUCUCCUCCAAACAUCCAUCUCAAAACCACCUCCAACCUCAUCGCAGGCCCAUCUCAAAACCAUCUACUGCACCAUCUUCCCACCACCAUUGCAAUCGCAGAUCUAAAAUAGUGAUUUGGGGGUUGGGCGGUGGAUCUGAGAUCUGAAAUUGCGAUUUGGGGGUUGGGCGAAGGAUCUGAUUUGGGGGUUGGGCGGUGGAUUUGAGCCAAAGUUUCUUUUAACUUUUGUCUUUUACACAUCGGAUCUUUUCGCUGUCAAAUAUAUCCCAAAUUGAUCAGUUUUCACACAUACGGGCUGAAAUUUGACACCUCUAAGUUCUCGUUUGUAAAUGCUGUGCUUGCCUGGCUUAGUUUUUUUUUUUUUUUUUAAAUUUUUGACUUGCAAUAUGUUUUUUUUAAUCAUUGAUCGAUUACAGUUAGGAGAGCUGAAGCUAGGGGAGCUAUUAGACACACCUCCUCCUGGUUUAGAUGAAGCUAUUGCAAUCUCUAAGGUUAUACAAUUUCUUGAAUCGCAAGAGUAUAGCAUGUUUACGCGUAUAGUUUUUGAUACUGCACCCACAGGUCAUACACUGCGGCUUUUGUCAUUGCCUGAUUUCAUGGAUAAAUCGAUUGGGAAGAUACUGAAUAUUGGGGAUUAAAGAUCAAAUUUAUAUACUCUGUAUCUGUAUUUCGGGGGAAAUGAGAAGUUAUUAGGGGAAAUGAUUUGCACAUGGUAGGUUGGUAAUAAAAGAGACAUUAAAUGACAAAUGUACCCUCAUGUGACCUGCACAUGGUCACAUUUAACUGAAAAAACAAACUGAGUUAUGCCUAAAGGACAAAACGUGAUCGAUUUUAAAACAUA